AUGUGGUCUCCGGGCGUCUCGUGGACUUUGCCACUUGUGCUGCUCAGCGCUCUGCCGGCCAGAGUGUUGGGUGGUGACAUCCUAUCCACUCAAGGAUACAGUCUGUGUUCGAACAACCCCACCAUCAAGGUCGAAGCCUUGGAUGUUCAAUUCGACCGAACGACAAACUUGGUUGUGUUUAAUCUUGCAGGAAGCAGCUCCCAGUCACAGAAUGUCACAGCCAAGAUAGUCGUCACAGCAUACGGAAGACAGGUAUACGAGAAACCCUUUAAUCCUUGCGAUGCUGGCACCUACGUCGAACAGCUUUGUCCUGUACCGGCUGGAAAUUUUGCCGCUCAAGGCAGUCAAACCGUCCCUUCCCAAUUCGCAAGUAUGAUUCCUGCGAUCGCUUUCAACGUACCAGACUUGGAUGGUGUCGCCAAGCUCGAGUUGUUUGCCGACAACGACCAAACUCAAGAUCUUGCCUGCGUUCAGUCCACCGUCAGCAAUGGAAAGUCGAUGAACGUUCCAGCAGUCACAUAUGUCGCCGCUGGCAUGGCCGGCGCUGCUCUGGGCAUAUCUGCUCUUGGUGCAGUGGUUGGUGGUUUCCAUGUUGGUGGAGCUUCACCGAGUCCUACAUUUGGAGAGACCUUUGGCUGGUUCCAAGGUAUCGCCACGAAUGGCAUGCUCAGUGUCACAUAUCCCAGCAUCUAUCGCAGCUUCUCCAAGAACUUUGGAUUCAGUACUGGUCUCAUUCCUUGGGGUAGCAUGCAAACAACCAUCGACAGCUUCCGCGAUAGAACUGGCGGAAAUCUGACAACCGACAGCUGGAACUACUUGCAAAAUGUCACUCUGGUCGACGACAGCACCAGUAGCGAUCUCGGAAACCUCACUAAACGCGGCAUUGACACCAUGUUCCUUUAUGCCAGAGACUUCACCGCUAGUGUUAAUGGUAGCACAACAUCCGUUGGCAAUUCAACAGGCUCUGGCAACAGCACAAGUACAGAGAGCAGACCCAUGCACUACGUCCACGGCAUCCAAGCUUAUGUUGAGAAGCUUUCGAUUCCUCAAGGAAACACCUUUAUGACCAUCUUGCUCUUCUUUGCUAUUGUCAUUGCUGCGAUCACCGUCGGAAUCUUGCUCACCAAGGUUAUCCUCGAAGCUCUGGCACUCAUGGGUAACCUUCCUAAGUCUAUGAACAGCUUCCGCAAGCGCUACUGGUGGCGUCUGGCGAAGACUAUAACCAACCUGGUUAUGCUUGCUUAUGGUGUUUGGACUCUGUACUGCGUGUACCAAUUUACCAAUGGUGACUCGUGGGCAGCCAAAGUGCUUGCUGGAGUCACGUGGGCCAUCUUUACAUGCAUUCUUGGAUUCUUCGCGUUCACAAUCUGGCACAAAGCCAACCAAUACAAGAAAAUGGACGGUGACGCAAGCAUGCUGUUUGAGCACAAGGAGACCUGGGUCAGAUACGCCUUCCUCUACGAGAACUUCAAGAAAGGAUACUGGUGGCUGUUCAUUCCUUCGAUUGUUUACGCCUUUGCCAAAAAUGCUCUGAUCGCUGGAGCCAACGGACAUGGAUUGGUCCAGACUAUCGGCCAAAUCGCCAUCGAGUGCGUUAUGCUCAUCCUGCUCGUCUGGUCAAGGCCCUAUUCACUGAAGAGCGGCAACGUCAUCAACAUCACCAUUCAGGUUGUCCGUGUUAUCUCGGUGAUCUGUGUGCUCGUCUUCGUUGAAGAGUUGGGCAUUAGUCAGACAACCAAGACCGUGACAGGCCUUAUUCUGAUUGUUGUGCAAUCCGUCCUGACCGAAAAACUCAAUCGUGAUCUUGACGACCUUACACCCCUGGACGCUCGCAACUCUCUGCUCAUGGACCCUACACAACUCACCGAGUACAAGGGUGCAGGCUCGCAAGUGUCCGAAUACAAAAAGGCACCCCUUGUGUCUCCUUCGCUCAACAGCACAUCAAAAAGCAAGAUCGCGUACGAUCCUAUGUCAAAGAAAUCGAACGGCUUGUAUGCAGGCAGACCAGAACUUUCGCGGGACGAGAGUCAACAAAAUCUUGUCUCUGGCGCAGCCAGUAUGGGUGGCAGAGACCGAAGCAAUAGCCCUGCAGGGCGAGAGCCACAAUUGCCUGACAUUGAGUUUGGGCAGUUUGACUUCCGCCAUCAGCAUUAA